UUUUGUAGCAUUGGUUGGUACACUGAUAGAUCCAUAAAUGUCAAAAUAAUUAAAUAACCUAAAAAUAUUUUUCCAUAAAGUAGUUGCAAAUAAUUAACAAUGAAUUUGUGUGUAACAACGAAAUUUAUAAGAGCCAAUUUGGUUAAUAGUUUGCGCCGUUUUUCUACAACUUCUGAAGUUAUUGAACAAAAUGAUCAAGUGUUCUUAGACGAUAGCGACGAUGUGCAAGCUAGGGAGGCCGAGAUUGAGAAAAAAAGAAAUAUCUCUCGGCUGUCUAGUGCUCACUAUAACCUUGUAAAUGGCCGUCGACCAUACGAAACCCCUAAAAGUUUAGCACACUUGACUCUGAAAUACAAUAGAAAAGUAUAUGGAAAGUAUGGAAGCGCUAGUGGCGUCAAUCCAAGUCUAUGUUGGCCUACAAAGAAUGAGAUACAAGAAAAACUAGAAUAUGAAUCCGUAGCCUUCCCGUACACAAUCAAAGAGAUGAUAGAAACUGCCACACAAAAGAGAAAAGAAGAACAGUUGAAAAUAGAACAGAGGGAGAAAGAAUUAGCCAUCAAGUAUGAGAAGUUGGAUCAGUGGAAGAAAGAGCUUAAAGAUAAGUUAGCAAAGAAGGUUGCUGAAGCACAAGCAGCCAAGGAAAAGAAAGAGCGUCUUGUGGAAGAGGUUCGAAGGCACUUUGGAUUUAAACUUGACCCUCGUGAUGAGAGGUUCCAGGAAAUGUUGGCCAAGAGGGAGAAAGAACAGAGGAAACUUGAGAAGCAAGCCCGUAAAGAAGCUAAAGAUAAAAUGUUGCUUGCAAAAUUACAACAGAAAAAUGCUGAAAUACAAACAAAUAAGUAGUAAUUAAUUGUAUAAUUUAUAUAAUUGUUAGAUAAUAUAGUGUAUAAAUAAAGAUGUUAAUACUUUU